AACAAUUUCAUUUCUCGCAUUCCUUCACCUUCUCAUCCCAUUUCCAAAUUUUCUCUUCUCAACAAUGGAUCCCGUCAAUGUUUGGGGAAAUUCCUCACUCGAAAGCGUCGACCCAGAAAUCAACGACUUGAUCGAGAAAGAGAAGCGCCGCCAAUGCUCCGGCAUCGAGCUAAUCGCCUCCGAGAACUUCACUUCCUUCGCCGUCAUCGAAGCUCUCGGCAGCGCGCUAACCAACAAAUACUCGGAGGGUAUGCCCGGCAACCGUUACUACGGCGGCAACGAAUACAUCGACCAGAUCGAGAAUCUCUGCCGUUCCCGCGCUCUCCAAGCCUUCCAUUUGGACGCCACUAAAUGGGGCGUCAAUGUGCAGCCCUACUCCGGUUCUCCGGCUAAUUUCGCCGCCUACACGGCCGUGCUCCAACCCCAUGACAGGAUUAUGGGUCUUGAUCUGCCGUCAGGCGGUCAUUUGACUCAUGGGUAUUACACUUCCGGCGGGAAAAAGAUCUCGGCGACUUCGAUUUAUUUUGAGAGUUUGCCUUACAAGGUUAAUUCGACAAAUGGGUACAUUGAUUAUGAUAAGUUGGAGGAGAAAGCUUUGGAUUUCAGACCUAAAUUGAUAAUUUGUGGUGGGAGCGCUUAUCCUAGAGACUGGGAUUAUGCCAGAUUUAGAUCUGUUGCUGAUAAAUGUGGUGCUUUAUUGCUCUGUGAUAUGGCUCAUAUUAGUGGCCUUGUUGCUGCUCAGGAAGCUGCCAAUCCCUUUGAGUUUUGUGAUAUUGUCACAACCACAACCCACAAAAGUUUGAGGGGUCCUAGGGCUGGUAUGAUCUUCUACAGGAAGGGACCUAAGCCACCCAAGAAGGGCCAGCCAGAGGAUGCAGUUUACGACUUUGAAGACAAGAUCAACUUUUCCGUUUUCCCUUCUCUUCAGGGUGGUCCUCACAACCACCAGAUUGGUGCUCUUGCCGUUGCAUUGAAACAAAGUAUGCUCCCUGGGUUCAAGGCUUAUGCCAAACAAGUCAAGGCCAAUGCAGUUGCCCUCGGGGAAUACUUGAUGAGCAAGGAUUACAAGCUGGUCACUGGAGGAACCGAGAAUCACCUUGUCCUCUGGGAUCUCCGUCCUCUUGGAUUGACCGGCAACAAAGUUGAAAAGCUGUGUGACCUUUGCAAUAUCACCGUAAACAAGAACGCUGUGUUCGGUGAUAGCAGUGCUUUGGCUCCUGGAGGAGUAAGAAUCGGUACCCCUGCCAUGACCUCAAGAGGUUUGGUCGAGAAGGAUUUCGUACAGAUUGGAGAAUUCCUUCACCGUGCAGUGUCCCUGACAUUGAGCAUCCAGAAGGAAUAUGGAAAGCUGUUGAAGGACUUCAACAAAGGUUUGGUGAACAACAAAGACAUUGAGGCUCUCAAGGCUGAUGUUGAGAAGUUCUCGACCUCCUUUGACAUGCCCGGCUUCCUCAUGUCUGAAAUGAAGUACAAGAAUUAGGUCUAAAUACUUAUCAUGUAGCGUCUUUAUUUGCUGAACUUCAGCGUCCACCGGAAAGCGAAAAAGGGCUUCCAUUUGUGUGUUUUGUUUUGUUCUGUUUUUUUUUGGUCCAGUAGGUUAGCUAUCAAUUUUUAAUUUGAUUUGGGGUUUAUGGUGGUGAUCUAAAGUUUUGUUGUUGGAGGUUGGGAUGUUUCAUCCUCUUAAUGACCUAAUGAUGCUCAUUCCUCAAACUAAUAAAGUAAUUACUUAUGUUAA